AUGGGAAAAAAAAAUAAAGUUAGUUAUCCAGUUGAGAGGAACAAAAUAGCGUGUUACAGAUGCCGAAAACUGAAGAAAAAGUGUUCUACCACCCAACCGUGUUCAAAUUGCUCGAAGGUGGGAGCCAAAUGUGAUUAUCCGUUAGAAUCUAAUCGAAAACCCGCGUCAAACAAGUACGUCUCAUCACUACUAAAGAGAAUCGAAGUUUUAUCAGAGACCUUGGAUAAACAAAAUUUAAUAAGAUCCUCAGAACGUACGUUCCUCUUUGAGAAAAGUGAUAAUUCUGAACAGCAGUAUGAAGACACAGAUCCUGAUUUUCUAGGCCUCAAUGAUAUUUGGAGACUCAAGUUUGAAAAUUCCAAAUUUUGUUUUUUGGGUCCAUCUAGUGGAAGAAACUAUGAAAUAAACAAUACUAUAAACCACAAUAGUUUAAAUGAUGUGAUUAAGAAUGGUUUAUCUGAACCUUUGUCAAUGGAUUUACAUCACAUGGAACAUUUCAAAUGGUAUUUCGAAAAGAUUAAUACUCAGAUACACAUAGUUUCUGAGGAUUUGUUUUUCAGUUCCCUUAGUGCUGACAACAAUACAUUUGGUCCUUUUGCAUCUAACGCACUUAUAAAUGCUAUGUUUGCAAUUACCAUAUUAAAAGGUCCCUUCGUUUUAGAUUAUAAAGUCUUUAAAGAUUUAGCAAGAGUACAAGUAUUUCAUGAAAUUAGCGAUUUAAGGAUAACUUCUGUUCAAACUUUGGCAUUAUUAUCAAUGAUUGAGAUGAAUGAUGGUAAUGAAUCUCAGGCGUCUGUAUUCAUAGCGAUGGCUUGUUCUUUGUCAAACCAUUUGGGCUUGCAUAUUAGUCUGAAUCAUUUAGUGGAAAAUAAAUCUAUGUCCCAAGAAGAACUGAAUUUACGGCAAUUGCUUUUUUGGAGUUGUUUUUUAUUGAUAGGAUAA